AUGAUCAAGCCACAAUCUCCUCUCGAUUCUUCCACCAGACCCACUCCAAUGACCCGAACUGCAAGCACUGCACUCAAUACUCAGUCUCAGGCAAGUCAUGACCAAUCCUCAUUCAUGGAACUUGCCACUCCAGCAGCUCAAAAGUCUAGACAAACCUCUCCCUUUCCCCCAACCUAUGCAGCUAUACUCGCUUCUUCAAGUCAAAAGAAUAGCAAGGCACUCAACAAGGUCACCAAAUCGCCAGAGGCUUCCACCAAACCAAACAUCAAGUGCUCUGGUCAACUCGCUUCCUUUCCUCCUGCAACUUCAACCUAUGCAGCUAUAGUUGCUGCUUCUGCCAACCGCCAGCUCCAGAAUACCAUCGCUACAGUUCCUGAUUCUGAACAACUGCCUCUGCAGUCAUCCCCUGAUCUCUCUUGGACACUAGCGAACAAACCUUCCAACUUAACUAGUCUUGACGAUGAUACCGACCAAAUUCCUGGAGCUGUAUCAGACAAAUCUUCUACUCUCUCCGAUCUGUCCAGCAGCGAGAAGGAUACUGAAAACACUCAGCCUAUGCCUUCUCAUAAACCUAAGAAGAGAAAGCGUAAAAGAGGAUGUGAUAUGACACCCCAUCAGCGACAGAAAAGGAACCAGAAUCUGAAUAAAAGAAGGAAGGGUAAAAGGGUCAAGAAUAGCUUGAAUAGCUUUACUACAGCUGUUCCUCCUCCUGGCGCCCAGACGAUUCAAAGGAACGUGGAUCACUUGGACCUGUUUCCAGCUAUCACUCAGGAUUUUUGUCAAAGGAUCUCUGAAUACAAGCGUUUACUAGCCGACUAUGAGAAUGAUCCCAACAAUCUUCAAAAACCGCCAAAGGUCUAUGCGUGUAGUCCCACCAAGGAAGAAAAUGAAUCAGCCUUAAAAACAGUCAAAAAAUCUUUCUAUACAAUCGACUCUAACUACAAUAAGAUCUACGACAAAAAGACAAAUGAACUGGUUGCUAUUGUCGAAUUUAUUCCACUUGAAGAUCUAUCAAAAUCCCAAUGGAAUGACUAUGAUUUCCUCUGUCUUUUCCUUCACCAAUGCAAGGAGUUCAUCUCACCAGUGUCUUCUAAAUCACGAAAAUGCGGUGGUAUAAUGUGGGCGAUGGGUUGGCGGAAGGCGUACAAUGGUCUUGAGAUUCUUGGUCGAUAUCGUAAUCAAGCGGUGUAG